GUCCGUUUUCACGGAAUGCAAUUUUGAUACAUAGAUUUUACAAACUAAUGUGAAUAACAUACGAGUGUUACGUAUAUUUUAAAGAGACAGAAUGGUACCAGUUUGGAUACUGUGCCUGUGCUACGCCUCAUACAGCUAUGCAAAUGUGGAUUUUUUCACCAGUAACUUUGGUUCGUAUGGCAGUGAAUACGAAAGCCAGUUCGGUCCAUUUUCAGAAAAGGAACGUUUAAAAAUGAUGGACGAAGCCAAGCGCAUGUUUUAUCACGGGUAUGACAACUAUAUGAAGCAUGCUUUUCCUGCAGACGAAUUAAACCCUCUCUUCUGCAAGGGUCGAGGGCCUGACCACGAAAAUCCGUCGAACAUCAAUAUCAAUGAUGUUCUAGGGGAUUAUGCAUUGACUCUUGUGGAUGCUUUGGACACUAUAGCAAUAAUGGGUAAUAACACUGAGUUCAAAAGAGCAGUUCAACUUGUAAUUCAAAAUGUCUCUUUUGACAAGUCGAACACUGUUCAGGUGUUCGAGGCCACAAUAAGAGUCCUUGGUGCUUUAUUAUCAGCACAUUUACUGAUAAUGGACCCUAAACAGCCAAUGGGAGACUUAAUGCCCCCUGAUUAUGACGGCGAGCUACUUAGCAUGUCACACGACUUGGCUGCUCGAUUGAUGCCAGCUUUCAAAGACACAGCUACAGGACUGCCACAUCCUAGGGUUAAUUUGCGAUAUGGGGUGCCUCCAGACCAGAUUAAUGAGACUUGUACAGCAGGGGCUGGCUCUCUUUUGCUGGAAUUUGGGGUGCUCUCAAGACUUUUGGGGGAUCCUGUGUAUGAAGCAGCAGCCCGUAGAACUGUCAAAACUUUGUGGCAGUACAGGUCUAAUGUGACUGGUCUUCUAGGUAAUGUCAUAAACAUCCAGACUGGGGAAUGGGUGGGUCAGAUGAGUGGCCUAGGAGCUGGACUGGACUCUUAUUAUGAAUAUCUCCUUAAGUCUUUCAUUUUAUUUGGAGAUGAGAUGGACUUGAAGAUGUUCAAUGAGUCUUAUGAAACAGUCAAAUUCCACAUGAGACGAGGGCGCGAGCACUGCAAUAAUGGAAGUGGUUUCCCACCAAUCUAUGUAAAUGUCAACAUGAAAACAGGAGAAACUAUGAAUAACUGGAUUGAUGCCCUUCAAGCAGCUUGGCCUGGCGUACAGGUGUUGUUUGGUGAUUUGGAAGAAGCUAUAUGCUCUCAUGCACUAUAUUAUACCAUCUGGAGAAAAUACGGAGUUCUUCCAGAACGAUUCAACUGGAACCUUAAGGCACCAGAAAUCCUAUUUUACCCCCUUAGACCAGAGUUGGUUGAGUCAACUUACAUACUGUAUCAAGCAACAAAAAAUCCAUUUUACCUCCAUGUUGGGAAGGACAUCUUGAAUAAUCUCAACAAAUACUCAAAAGCAAAAUGUGGCUAUGCAACCAUACAUGAUGUAAACAAGAAGGAUUUAGAAGAUAGAAUGGAAAGCUUUUUUUUAAGUGAAACUUGUAAAUAUUUAUACUUAUUAUUUGACAAAGAUCAUCACGUAAAUAAAGAGGCAUCAAACUAUAUAUUUACAACGGAAGGCCAUAUAAUACGAAUGGACAGAAUGUUUAGACAGCCUAAGUUUUCAGAAGAAAGAAAACAAAAACCUGUUAAAGUGAGAGAUGAAAAAGUAGUGCCAGAUUUACCACAAGUGGUAGAUGUACGGCAUAAUGUCUCAAACUGUGAAAGUGUUCCAGUGGAGAGGAAGUACUUUUUACCCAUGAAAAGUUUAUAUUUACAACAAAUAGAGGCAGCAGUCGGGCUGAUCUAGACACAAUGGCCUACACUUCCCAGGGUGCUAAAAGUUUGACACAAGGCCGAUUGAAUGUAUCCAUACCGUGAACAUAGGGAUGCAUUGUUAGAUAUCAGUAUCACCUCAAUUCCCUGUAAUCUGUAUGCUCAAUAUGUUGAUAAUGGAGAGGAAAAAUUUCUUUGGAGGAAAGAAAAGCGUAGAGAUUACUUUCUUCAGGAUUGUGUUUUUCUCUUCAUUGUCAAAUGCCUCU